GACUAAGGGUAUAAAAAGGGAGAUCAACUGUUGAACAUCGUAUACUCUCCACUUACACCGACCAAGCUCCCAGACAGCUGACAAGAGAACCCUCCUAAAGAUCUUCAGAGAUGGCAAAGGUUUACAAGAAGACCAGUGGAAAAGGAGGGCUGACCCUCUACCUGGGCAAGAGAGACUACGUGGACCAUGUGGUCAGUGUGGAACAAAUUGACGGUGUUGUAAAGCUGGACACAACAGAUUUUGGAGACAGGAAAGUCUUCGUGCAGCUGGCAUGUGCCUUCCGUUAUGGUACUGAAGACCUGGAUGUGAUGGGCCUAUGCUUCAGGAAGGACAUCUGGAUCAAACACGUCCAGAUCUACCCUGAGUGCCACAAACCUGCUCAGACCGCCAUGCACGAGACCCUGCUGAAAAAGGCUGGAGACAAUGCAUAUGCUUUCACUUUUGAGAUCCCCCCCAACCUGCCAUGCUCAGUCUCUCUGCAGCCUGGACCAGACGACAAGGGGAAGGCUUGUGGUGUCGACUUUGAAGUUAAAACUUUCCUUGCCAAGGAAAAGAACAACGCUGAUGAGAAGAUUGAAAAGAAAGACACUGCUCGCCUCAUCGUUCGUAAGGUCCAGUAUGCCCCCUCCCAGGUCGGCGCGGGGCCGAAGGCAGAUCUCUGCAAAAGUUUCAUGAUGUCCGACAAGCCUGUUCAUCUAGAAGCCUCAAUGGAAAAAGAUCUCUACUUCCAUGGUGAAUCAAUCCCAAUUAAAAUCAAAAUCAAUAAUGAGAGCAACAAAACAGUCAAGAAAUUCAAAAUCUGUGUGGAACAAACCACAGACAUUGUCCUCUACUCUGCAGACAAAUACACCAAGCAAGUUUUUUGCCAAGAGUUUGGAGAAACAGUGGAUUCUAACGACACCUAUGAGAAUACUCUGUCCAUCACCCCCCUGCUCUCUGACAACAAGGAGAAACGGGGGCUGGCACUGGAUGGACGACUGAAAGAUGAGGACACCAACUUGGCCUCCACCACUAUGCUGCGAAUGGGUUUAGAAAAAGAAGUGCUGGGAAUCCUAGUCUCCUACAAGAUUAAAAUUAACCUCAUGGUGGCUGGAGGAGGCUUGCUGGGCGGCCUCACCUCCAGUGACGUCACAGUGGAGCUGCCAUUGAGUCUCAUGCACCCCAAACCAGAAGGUAUGUUUCUUUAUCACAAACCUGUACAAAAACAGUACAAUGACACCAGUUCACCUCGCUCCUUAUAUUCAUGUUCUAAUUUUAUGUUUAUCUUAUGUUCAAAUCAAUCUACCUCCCAAAUUGAGCAGAGUAAAGACGAUACACCACUGUAAGUAUCCAGUUGCUUUUAUGUUGAUAUGCUGAUUUGUUGUGAUAUAUAUAUAUAUAUAUAUAUAUUGCAAUUUGUAAAGUACAUUUUUCAUGUCUUUAGGUAUUUGUUACUGACUGAUA